GAUUCCUCAUCCAUUUGUAAUGCCUCUGUGUGCAGUUUUUGCUCAUUCCAUCUCCGUCUUUACCAUCACCACCACAUCAAUUUCAAUUAACCGAAGCAGAAGCACAAGAACAAGAAGAAACUUUAGAUUUUUUUGCUCUUUUUCACCUAAUCACAACAAAUCCGGAGCCGAACUCGAAACUCUCCGCGUUUUGGAAUGGGACAAGCUCUGCAACACCGUGUCCUCCUUCGCGCGCACUUCUUUGGGCCGGGAAGCCACCAAAGACCAGCUAUGGUUCACUGACCAAACUUAUCAAGACACUUUUAAGCUUCAAACUGAAACCAAUGCGGCCGUUCAAAUUCUCAAACACGGCGCGUGCAGUUUGGAUUUGACCGGCGUUGACCUCAGUCUCGUCAAGUCUGCCGUACAGCAUUCUCGUAGAGGUCUGCCGUUGCGUGGUGAUGAAGCGCUGGCAGUUGUUUCUCUGUUGCAGUUUUUGGAAAAUUUGCAGCUUAAUCUUAAAGCUGCUGUCAAAGAAGAUGCUGAAUGGUACACGCGUUUCAUGCCUCUUUCUGAAUUGAUAAUGGAACUUGUUGUGAAUAGAUCGUUAAUUAAGUUGAUACAGCAAGUGGUGGAUGAAGAUGGCUCUGUUAAAGAUUCUGCAAGUCCUGUCCUGAGACAAUCUCGUGAGCGAGUGCAAAAUCUUGAAAGAAAGUUAUUUCAAUUAAUGGACAGGCUAGUUAGGGAUGAAAAUCAGGAAGCAUCUCUUCUGGAAGUGAGUAACAUUGAUGGCAGAUGGUGUAUAAAAUCAGGGAGUGAUCAGCUAAAUUUUAAGGGUCUUUUGUUGUCCAGUGGUUCAGGCAUAGGAAGCAUUGCAGAGCCACUCUCAGCUGUUCCUCUCAAUGAUGAGUUGCAACAAGCAAGAGCGUUAGCAGCCAAGGCUGAGGAAGAUGUGCUUUUGACUUUAACAGCAAAGAUGCAGGCUGAUCUUGAUGACAUUGAAAAGAUAUUGAACACUGUAAUUCAACUGGAUGUGAUCAAUGCUCGAGCAAGUUAUAGUCUUUCGUUUGGGGGCACAUGUCCUUAUAUAUGUCUUCCAGAAGAUAAGGAUGGAUCUUUAACUCAUGAAGCUAGUUCAUCUCGCACCAUAACUUCAACGGUGUCAUAUCCCAAAAAGGAAUGGACAUUAUAUCUGCCUAAGGCUUAUCAUCCUUUAUUACUUCAGCAACAAAAGCAAAAUCUGCAGAUGGCCUGGAAGGAUGUCAAAAAUGCUACUGCUGAAAUCAGGAGGAGAAAACUGCAAAGGGAGAACAUGGCACGGGAAGGCCAAACAGAUAUAAAUCUUUCAUCAUUAGAGAAACAGGUUACUGCAUUAGAACUGAAUCAACCAGUCCCAGUUGAUUUUUAUAUUGCUCGGAAAACAAAAGUUCUGGUUAUAACCGGUCCUAAUACUGGAGGAAAAACUAUUUGCUUAAAGACAGUUGGAUUGGCAGCUAUGAUGGCAAAAUCAGGCCUUUAUGUUUUAUCUUCAGAACCUGCACAAGUUCCUUGGUUUGAUUAUGUUUUUGCUGAUAUUGGUGAUGAACAGUCGUUGUCACAAUCUUUAUCUACCUUCUCUGGCCACUUGAAACAAAUAAGUGACAUACAAUCACAGUCAACAAGCCAAUCAUUGGUUCUACUCGAUGAAGUUGGUGCAGGGACCAAUCCACUUGAAGGUGCAGCACUUGGGAUGUCACUGCUGGAAUCUUUUGCUGAAACUGGUGCUUUGUUGACAAUAGCUACGACACAUCAUGGUGAACUUAAAACAUUGAAAUACAGUAAUGAUGUCUUUGAGAAUGCUUGUAUGGAGUUCGACGAAGUUAAUUUAAGGCCAACUUACAAGAUCCUCUGGGGAGUACCAGGUCGUUCAAAUGCAAUCAAUAUAGCUGAAAGAUUGGGACUACCCAGCACAGUUGUUGAAAGUGCGCGUAAACUAUAUGGUGUUGCUAGUGCAGAGAUUAAUGAGGUAAUAAUUGAUAUGGAAAGGUUCAAGCAAGAAUUUCAAGAGCUUUUACAUGAGGCUAGAAAUUUUCUAAUGCUCUCAAGAGAUCUUUAUGAAAAUCUUUUGGUCACUCGAAGGAAGCUCAUGGAACAUGGUACUAAGCAAAGAUAUAGGAAAAUGAGAGAAAUAACUGAGGCUGCAGCAAUGGCUCGUUCUUUAGUUCACAAGAGAGCACGGCAACUUCGUGCCCCCGCAGCUCAACCUUCUCAGCCCACUAAAGUAGGUAAAAGCCAGCAAAUAUUUGCUAGUAAUUCCCAGCAAACCAAUGUCAGGAAAAGUGAGCAUCCUGCAACGAGUUCACCUGCCGUCAAAGUUAUCAAAAAAUCAGUAACAGCAAAGAGAAGUGGACUUCCUGAGGUUGGUGAUUCAGUCCAGGUUUCUUCCCUGGGAAAGAAAGGGAAAGUUUUAAGAGUAGAACCAUCGAAAGAAGAACUAGUAGUACAAGUUGGCAACAUGAAGUUGAAGUUGAAAUUGUCCAACAUUGUGACCUAAAUUAUAAGAACAACAAUGCACGCAUUACCAUGGUUACGAGAUAGCAUCUUCUGCACAUUGGCCUACUGCAUGAUUCCUGUACAGGGGGUUGACAUAAUUUGAGGUCCAAGUUUGCCCUUCAAUAUUUUGGUAGAUUAACGGUACUGGUAUUAGUCUAACCGAUUCAAUUAUCAGUACAAAAUAGAGUAAUUACCUUGUGUUUUAGUUCUCAAAUACAAUUUGAGAAAAGAAUGAUUUGUGUUACAUCUACAAUUGACAAAAUGUAUUCAUUGUUAUCUGUCAUAAUGUUCUUGCACACACUUCUAAUGUGAGUACUUUGAUUACAUGAUCAAGGUUAUAUUAUUUGUAGUUCCCCUC